GCCUGUUCCGUCCUUUGUGCUUCGACCAACAGGGAUCUCGAAGGAUGAGCGAAAAAAACUCGUCGGGGAGCGGUGGGAGACAUGACUGCCAGGACGGAACGUAAUCAAGCCAUGCUGUCUUCCCCAGACUUUUGAUCGACUGGCGCAACGGUUUGUUCUAGUAUAGUUUCGCACCGUUGGUGGGCCGAUAAUAGCACGUUAAAAAUCAAGACUUGAACGGCUGAAACGGUCAGGGUCGAGUGUUAACAAAAAAUUGCACCUCAUGAAGAUGUUUGAGAGCACCAUUCGCGGGGCAUCGUAUUCAGAGUCCAAUCCCAGAUGCUGCGUAAGGCGCAUGGGCUCGAGUCAAGCUUUUCCAGGCCGCCCUCGGCAACCCCAGCGGCGGGUUCCGCAAGGCCAACCCCGCUGUGCCCAGGCCUGCCUUAGCAGUCAUCUCAGUCUUAUUCGUGGUCUCGCCGCCCUUUGGCUUCCCACGACUCCUGUUCUCUUGGCAAGCCAAGCAGCCAGCCAGACAGCCUUGGCAUAUGCAACCCGAAGCUCAUCAACCACGAACUCUUGGCCUUUUGGAUUCGAAGACAGCCCCUCGACGUGAAAGAUCAACUUCAAGGAAAAGGAGAAGGAGGACAGCCCCGAGUGAAUCAUCGCCGCGAGCCGACGUGCGGCCGCAUGGGACGACGACACGCCGACACCACGCCCUCCCCCCCCCCGAAUCUCCUCUGGCACGCUUUCUCGCGACCUGACCCGGUCGCCCAUCGCCCAUCGCCCAUCGCCCAUCGCCCAUCGCCCAUCGCUCAUCGCCCAUCGCCCGUCCCGUACUGUUUCGGCCGACAGCAUACCUGGUCCUGUCCGUCUCGACAACCUCUGCCCCGUCGCACGCAAUUGCCCCGUGCUGGAUGCUCAGCAGUCACAGCACAGCAAAGCAUAGAUGGGCUAUUCCAAGUCCGCCGACAACCGCGCCGCCGCCUCUGCCCUGGUGUCCGCGCAAGCCUCGACAUCGGUUGACGACACAUCUUCAUCGCGCCGGUCCUUCUUUUCCCGCCUUAGCCUCCCCCUCCGCCAACGCGCCCGUCACAUCACCGAUUUCCACAUCCGCCCGGCCGAGCCCUACCGCAAGUAUGGCGCUGGAGACCAUGUGUUGGGCGCCGUGAUCUUGACCGUCGUCAAGCCCGUCCGAAUCACCCAUUUGACCGUGGCAUUGCACGGCUUCGUACGCGUAUACAAGGGCCCAGGUGCGCCCGCCAAUGAGCCGAUUGUCAAUCCCGCCGAGAUUCCAACAAACACUGGCCGCGGCGCGCGCCAGAAAAGCCACAGUGUUGGGCGCGUCAAUUUGUUUGAGGACGAGCAAACACUCAGCGCCGAUGGCCGGCUCGAGCCGGGCCGCUACGAAUUCAACUUUGAACUGUUAUUUCCCUCAAAGGGGCUUCCUAGCAGUAUCGAUUUUGAGCGUGGCACUAUUUCCUACAGGAUCACUGCGACUUUGACACGUCCGCCAUCCAUCACUACCAAAAUAGACCAAAGGUCGGCUGUUGAGUGCCCAAUUCAUCUCAUCGAAAGGGUCGAUAUUGGUCCUCUUAAACCGCCACCGUCGCGUACUAUCUACCUAGAACCAAUAUCAAAACGUCCACGGAAGAAGAAGCAACCUGGGCCCACAUUAGAAAAGGCCGCCACCACCGUUUCACACGAUCCACCAGAACGGUCAUCCGAUUUGGACUCGACUCGGGCAAAUGAGAACUCUACCGAGGGCUCCUUGUCCGUCCUUGGCGAUGAUCAAGGGCAUGGCCCACCAGCUAACGAUGGCCCGGGACCGUUACAAAGCGACGUCCGCAGCAUCAGCGGCGAUAGCGCCCACACCAGCAGUACCACCCCGAGCAGGAACGGCGACAUAAUGUAUACAACACCGUCGGUCAUAUCGCAGGGUGGAAAGAAGGGACCGGCACUGAAGGACCGGACCAUCACAGCGACAGUAGAGUUGCUAAAAGGUGGCUGCCUUCCUGGAGAUGUGGUUCCCAUCAAGAUCUCGGUGCAGCACAUCCGCCAGCUAAAAAGCAUGCACGGUGUGAUAGUCACUCUCUACAGGCUCGGUCGCAUAGACUCAGCUCCCACAGGUGUACUUUCUAGGGAACUAUCGCAAAGCCAAAGCCGCUCUGAGAAGGAAGAGAUUUAUCCCAAGUCGAAAACUGGGCUGGGAGGUCUAUCCCUUUCGUCGGCCGGCUCUUGCAGUGUCUUCCGGAAAGACCUUUCCCAGGCUAUCAACCCUCUCUGGAUUGACCCAGCCACCAUGAGCGCCAGCUUCACAACUCUGAUCAGGGUUCCCGAGGACGUAUUUCCAACCAUCAAGGGCGUCCCUUAUGAGAUGAUCAAAUUUCAAUAUCACAUCGAGGUAUUGGUCGAUCUAGGAGGGAAGCUUGCCGGCCAGAUUCAAGGCAACAAGGUAGCCUCUGGGUUGCGAAUGAGCAUUCCUGGGGUCCCUCUGGGCCCGACAUCCAGUGCCCACGACACCGGCUCACCUUCCGUCGCAACAUGGGGAUCCAGCAUUAUCGACACGGAUAGGCUCCGUCGAGAAAAGGGCGUCAUCUCCGUGUUGUUUGAGGUUAUUGUUGGGACGACAGACAGUGAAAGGCUCAAGGCCAAAGGUCUGUCGAAACUGCCGUCGCCGGUCCGAACUGUGUCAGUGCGCGAAAGUGAUUAUCACAAUCAGGCCCCGGACCAUGUUCACCCGUGGCCUGCAUCACAUGAGCCAGGAGGCUACGGACCAGAAUCGGCCUACCCGCAGGAUUACCCCCCGUUUCCUACGCCAUAUCCUGCCCAAUCCACCCAGCAGAUUCCCUACUGGGAGACGGUCCCGGCCCAACCGCCACCACCGCCGCCAGUUCCGCAUUACAUACCACCCCCAGACGUCCCUGACGAGAGCUCGCUCGACGAGAAGGAACGGAUCAGACGCGCCGAGCAGAGGUUACUUCCCAGCCAACCGCCAGACGCACCCGUUGCCGCCGGCCCGUCUAACUCUAGCGACGUGGUCAACGGGGAAAACAUCUACGACGCUGACGACACGCCCUCGGCACCUCCUGAUCUUGCCCUCCCUGCCGAGUCGCCACCAGAAGAACCACCGUCGGCGCCCACACUGGAAGAGCUCUCGGGUGGUGCGGUGACGAACUCGACAGAGGAUAAACAAGAGCUUGAGCGGCGACGGUUGCUUGCCGAGGCGAGCGCGCCGCCGGAGUUCCCGGAGGAUUACGAUGAUAACGCCAUGGCGGGGCCUAGUGGUUCGUCAAUACCGCCGAGUGCACCACCGAUAGUGUCUGCUGCGGUGGCGGACUUUGAGCCGACGGCGCCGGUGAUUAAUGAUGAGGAGGAGGAUUACGGGAGGCAUUUUUCUUAUGCAGGGGCUUCGCCGGGGGCGGGGAGAGGGCCGGUGGAUGCGGUGGGGGAGGAACUGCCGAGGUAUGAGAGGUGACAGAGCCAUUCAAUGCUCUAGGGUGAAGCAUUCGUUUAUUUUUCUUGUGGGCGGGUCACAGCCAGCGGACUUGUUUUGAAAUUUGUUGGUUUUGGAGUCAUUUACGGACAAUCGUUUUCAUGGCAACUUUUUCUGAUUUCUGGACAUUUCAUUAGGAGGGGGGGUGAGGGGGUCUUUCUUUCAUCAUUGUCAUUAUUUUUCCAAAGGAAUAAUGAAGUUGAUGUUGUUCUUAGGUUUUUUUUUACUACCAAUCAUGCCCCACCCAUGAGUAAGAUUUAUAGUGAUGUCUUUUUUUUGGGGGGUUUUUUUUUAAUAUGUUGGUCUGGGAAGGGUAGAGGAGAAGUUGUUGAGAAUGGAGGUGGACAUGGGGAAGAAGAAGGGAAGUUGAGGAGGGUUGAAGAGAAGAGGGUGGGGGGUUGUGGAAAUUUUUGGAAUUUUUGUUGAAAUGGGAAUUUGUAUUAUUGUAUAACGUG